CUUCGUUCCCGCCUCCGCCCUCCUCUGCUCAGGCGCCGGCUCUCCUUUCUGGAAGCUUCGUGGAGGCUUUGGUCGGAGACCGUUAGGCAACGGGUCGGACUCAAUCCGCGUCCAUCUGGGGCUCUCGAGUCACCACAGAACCGCGCCGAGCCUGACUGACCAUGCCGGAGAACGUGGGUCCCAGGAACAACGGGCCUGCCGGAGGUUCCGGCAAUCGGGGGAGAGGCGCUUACCAGGACCGGGACAAACCGGCCCAGAUCCGCUUCAGCAACAUCUCUGCCGCCAAAGCUGUUACAGAUGCUAUUAGAACUAGCCUUGGACCAAAAGGAAUGGACAAAAUGAUUCAAGAUGGAAAAGGUGAUGUGACCAUUACCAAUGAUGGUGCUACAAUUUUGAAACAAAUGCAGGUCUUGCAUCCAGCAGCCAGGAUGUUGGUAGAGCUCUCCAAAGCACAAGAUAUUGAAGCUGGUGAUGGUACCACAUCUGUUGUUAUCAUUGCUGGAUCUCUUUUGGAUUCCUGUACCAAACUUCUCCAAAAGGGGAUUCACCCAACCAUCAUUUCUGAAUCAUUCCAAAAAGCUUUGGAUAGAGGUGUUGAAGUCUUAACCAAAAUGGCACAGCCAGUGGAACUGAGUGACAGAGAAACAUUGCUAAAUAGUGCAACCACUUCACUAAACUCAAAGGUUGUAUCUCAGUACUCAAGCCUGCUUUCUCCAAUGAGCGUAGAUGCCGUGAUGAAGGUGAUUGACCCAACAACAGCUACUAGUGUCGAUCUUCGAGACAUUAAAAUAGUUAAGAAGCUUGGAGGAACAAUUGAUGACUGUGAACUGGUGGAAGGGUUGGUCCUAACUCAGAAAGUGGCAAACACCGGCGUAACCAGAGUUGAGAAGGCUAAGAUUGGGCUCAUUCAGUUCUGUUUAUCUGCUCCUAAAACAGAUAUGGAUAAUCAAAUUGUAGUUUCUGACUAUGCUCAAAUGGACAGAGUAUUGAGAGAAGAGAGAGCUUAUAUUCUCAAUUUAGUGAAGCAGAUUAAGAAGUCUGGAUGUAAUGUACUCCUCGUACAGAAAUCUAUUCUAAGGGAUGCUCUUAGUGAUCUUGCAUUACAUUUCCUAAACAAAAUGAAGAUUAUGGUGGUUAAGGAUAUUGAAAGAGAAGACAUUGAAUUUAUUUGUAAGACAAUUGGAACCAAACCAGUUGCCCAUAUUGACCAGUUCACUCCUGAAAUGCUUGGCUCUGCUGAGCUAGCAGAGGAGGUCAGCUUAAAUGGUUCUGGCAAACUGCUCAAAAUUACGGGUUGUGCAAGCCCUGGAAAGACAGUUACUAUUGUUGUUCGUGGAUCCAACAAAUUGGUGAUUGAAGAAGCUGAGCGUUCAAUUCAUGAUGCUUUAUGUGUUAUUCGCUGUUUAGUAAAAAAGAGAGCUCUGAUUGCAGGAGGUGGUGCUCCAGAGAUAGAGCUGGCCUUGCGUUUAACUGAAUAUUCACGAACUUUGAGUGGGAUGGAGUCAUAUUGCGUCCGUGCUUUUGCAGAUGCAAUGGAAGUCAUUCCAUCUACUCUAGCUGAAAAUGCAGGCCUUAAUCCCAUUUCUACUGUAACAGAAUUAAGAAAUCGACAUGCUCAGGGAGAGACCACUGCAGGGAUUAAUGUCCGAAAGGGUGGAAUUUCCAACAUUUUGGAGGAGCUAGUAGUUCAACCUUUGUUGGUGUCAGUCAGUGCUCUGACCCUGGCUACUGAAACAGUCCGAAGCAUUCUCAAGAUUGAUGAUGUGGUGAAUACUCGGUAAUCAUGUUAACAUACAGCAUCUGUCUGGUACUGACAUAUAUAUGUUGUGCAGCUGUGGUGGAAGAGUAUUGCCCUGUGGAAUACUUAGUAGUUUGGAAGACUUUGUUUUCUGAGUUCUUACACCUGGGCUUUCCAGUUGUCAUCCAUCUGAAAACUGUCGAUACAAUCUAAUAAAAAUAGUAAAUAUUUGGUUUCAAGAAAGCAGAUUUUGUUGUUAUUCCUGGAAUUCUUCCAAAAGUUCUAUGAAAAAUAAAAACAGCUCUACCUGUUU